AUGCCGAAUGAAGGACUGAAGCCAGGAUUCCAUGAGCUGGACAUUGAUGAUGAGCAUAGCAUUGAAAAUUUUAGUGAAUUUCUCAAGGAGAAGCAUGGUGGUCUUGAUGUCCUUGUCAAUAAUGCAGCUAUUGCAUACAAGAUGGCAUCAACAGCCCCUUUUGGUGAACAGGCAGAAAACACAAUUCGUGUGAACUUCUAUGGGACAUUGAAUGUGUGCAAGGCAUUAUUUCCUCUUCUAAGACCUCAUGCCAGGGUUGUCAAUGUCUCCAGUUCAGCUGGAUUCCUCCGUAAUGUCCCUGAUGGAGAGCUGAGGAAGACAUUGGCAUCAUCUGACUUGGACAUUCAAAAGCUGUCUGCUCUGAUGGAUGGGUUUGUCAAGACAGCAAAGGAAGGGAUGCAUAGAGAAGCAGGAUGGCCCAACAGCUGCUAUGGAGUCUCCAAAGUAGGUGUGAGUGCCUUGACACGCAUCCAGCAGAAGGAAUUUGAUCGGGACUCACGGCCUGAUAUCAUUGUGAAUCAUGUCCACCCAGGCUACGUGGACACUGACAUGACAUCUCACAAGGGACCACUCACCAUUGAACAAGGUGCCGUUUCGUCGGUGUAUGCGGCCCUUCUGCCUCCGAACGUGGAAGAGCCAAAGGGAGCGUAUAUUUGGCACGACAAGCAGAUUGUCGACUGGGUGAACGGACCGACACCGUCCAGGAACUGAAGGAAGCUGGAUGCCCAGUGCUUCUACAUAAUCGCCGUCACCUCUUCACAUGAUUCGCAUAGUUUUUUUUUUCCUUUUUUCUUUUUUUAUAUAUUUCCCAUGACAUCGAAAGCGAUAUAAAGUGAAGACAUCUUUGAA